UUUGGGUGAAUUGUAAGCAACAUUACUGGUCAUUUUUGUUUCAGUCACAAAUCCAGAGGCAUCAUUAGCAAAUGUGGUGGUCAGCAUAGGGUAUGAGUAUGAUACACUACUCGGUAGAAUAUAAUCCUGCAACACUUCGUCCGUGUUAUUACUGCUGACACUCACACCGGCAUUAGUAGUGUGAAAGGUAGCCGUUUCAGUGUUUCCUACUAGAGUCUUCUUUUUCUUAUGCCUGAGAUACACAGUCAAGAAGACAAGUGCAAGAGCCACUGCUAUGGUUCCUGUCAAAGCCACAGUCACACCAACGCCAAGGCCAUAUCCUGGAGGACUGAAUUGUGUAGGUACAGGAGGUGGAAUCUUGACCGAUGAGGUUGAGGAUAAAUGCAUUGUUUCAGGAGAGUUAUUGAGUGGUGACAGUGCUGGAGUAGAUCGUUGGAGCUGUACUGGGGUGUCGAUUUUUUUUUUCGUGAGACUUAGUACAAUUGUAUCCACUGAAAAUUGUUCAAGAUCUUUAUGUACCUAUCUCACCUACACCAAUGUCUGUAAUGUUGAAGUAGAGGUGGAGCCAGACUGCUCCCCCUCUGAAUGUUUAAGGAAUCAUAAGGUGAGUUCCUGGAGUUUUCAGUAGACAGAAAGUAGUAUAGUUGGACUGUCGUUUCCUCUGACAAUACAACAAAUCUUUGAGUCAUGUGACUGAGGUCCUCAAAGACUGCCCAGAAUAUCUUCCUGACUUUAUGGGAAUCGAUGUGUCAUACACAA